UGCAACAACAGAAAGUAUACUUAUUUGCAGAGUCCUAAUUCAAAAUGCUGAAGAGAAAACCAUCCAAUGUUUCAGAGAAGGAAAAACAGCAAAAACCAAAGCGCAGCAGCAGUUUUGGGAAUUUUGAUCGCUUUCGGAAUAAUGCCAUGUCAAAACCAGAUGAUUCACCCGAGGCACAUGAAGGGGAUCCCAUAAAUGAAAGUGGAGAACAAGAUAAAGCUUCAAAUAAUGCACGUUUAGGUAAAAAAAUGAGAGCCAUCUCCUGGACAAUGAAGAAAAAAGUUGGUAAAAAGUACAUCAAAGCCCUUUCUGAAGAAAAGGAUGAGGAAGAUGGAGAGAAUGCCCUCCCCUCUAGGAACAGUGACCCCAUGGUUGGAACCCACACAGAGAAGAUGUCCCUCAAAGCCAGUGACUCCAUGGAUAGUCUCUACAGUGGGCAGAGCUCAUCAAGUGGAAUAACAAGCUGUUCAGAUGGAACAAGUAACAGGGACAGCUUUCGACUGGAUGAAGAUAGCCCCUAUUCUGGACCAUUUUGUGGCCGGGCCAGAGUGCAUACUGAUUUCACCCCGAGUCCCUAUGACACUGACUCCCUCAAAAUCAAGAAGGGAGACAUCAUAGACAUUAUAUGCAAAACACCAAUGGGCAUGUGGACCGGAAUGUUGAACAAUAAGGUGGGAAACUUCAAAUUUAUAUAUGUGGAUGUCAUCUCGGAAGAGGAAGUGGCCCCCAAGAAAAUAAAGACACCACGAAUGAGUGAAAAGGAAAAACCCAAGACUCUGCAAGAGUUCCUAGAGAGGAUUCACCUUCAGGAAUACACCUCAACACUUUUGCUCAAUGGUUAUGAGAGCCUAGAAGAUUUAAAAGAUAUAAAAGAGAGUCAUCUCAUUGAAUUAAACAUUACAAACCCAGAAGACAGGAUGAGGUUACUAUCAGCUGUUGAAAAUCUCCUUGAUGAAGAAACUAUUCAAGAGCAAGAAAAUGAAUCUGUGUCCCUAUCCUUAAGUCCAGACAUCUCCUUAAAUAAGUCCCAGUUAGAUGACUGUCCAAGAGACUCUGGUUGCUAUAUCUCAUCAGAAAAUUCAGAUAAUGGCAAAGAAGAUCUGGAGUCAGAAAAUCUGUCAGACAUGGUACAGAAGAUUACUAUCACAGAGACAAGUGACUGAAUACCCAUGCUCAACUCUGCAUCCAGAUACAUCCUAUUCUAACUCAUCUUGAACUUAAAGUGAAAAAGAGAAGAAGAAAAGUAUCUUUAUAAACAAUCUAAAGUUAAAAUGUUUUCAUCUAAAUAAUUGUAC